GAACAAAUGCUUUUACCUCGUUGCACUGCUGAGAGCACGAUGGGUCAUCAGCAGCUGUACUGGAGCCACCCGCGUAAAUUCGGCCAGGGUUCUCGCUCUUGUCGCGUCUGUUCAAACCGGCACGGUCUGAUCCGGAAAUACGGCCUCAAUAUGUGCCGCCAGUGUUUCCGUCAGUACGCGAAGGAUAUCGGUUUCAUUAAGUUGGACUAAACGAUCUUCCUUCAAAGGAUUAUCCAAGGCAUCUACUCAAUGAAAAACCAUGAUAGUUCUUUGUACAUAAAAUAAACAUUUGAAAAAAAAAAAACAAAAACAAA